AUGAGUUCCAAUGUAUUUGUUAAAACAGGAGAUAUCUUAAAUAAUCAAUUUAAGAUUAUUAAGGUUAUCGGUGAAGGAGCAUACGGAACCGUUUAUAAAUGUUUAGAUACUAAUACAAAAACUCAUGUUGCUAUGAAAAUAGAAACUAAUAUCAAAAACAUGAAAUCAACAUCAAAAAUGGAAAUUGAUGUUCUUAAAACAUUAACUAACAAAUCAAAUGUGGCUCAACUAAUUUAUGGUAAGAUAAAUAAAAAUUUUACUUUUAUUGUAAUGACUUUACUUGGAAAAAGUCUUUUUGAGUUAGUAAAUAUUUGUGAAUCAUUCAAAUCAUCUACUGUUGCAAGAAUUGGGAUACAACUACUUUAUGGAUUAAAACAUUUGCAUGAUGCUGGAUUUAUUCAUAGAGACAUUAAACCUGAAAACAUUGCUAUUGGAAGGGGUUAUAAAAUGCGAAAAGUUUUUUAUCUUUUGGAUUUCGGAUUAUGUAGAAGAUUCAAGGACAAAAAAAAUCCAGGUAAAAUAAUACCACCAAGAAAAUGUGUCUCUUUUUGUGGGACAUUAAUGUUUAGUAGUCUCAAUGCACAAGAUGAAAAGGAACAAGGAAGAGGAGAUGAUUUGAUUUCACUUGCUUAUGUACUCAGUGAUUUUAUCAAAGAACUUCCAUGGUCAUCGGAAACUGAAGAUAAUGAAAUGAGACUUCUUAAAGAGAAAUUUCAUGGUAAAGAUUUAUUUCCUGCAGAUAAAUCUUUAGCUGAUUUUUUUGACUACGUUAAAACUCUCAAAUAUGAAGAUGAACCAGAUUAUGAGAAAAUUUUUCAAUAUUUUUAUACAAUUAUUCAAGAAAAUGAUGUGAAAUUUUCUGAUCCAUAUGAAUGGGAAGCAAUUUUAAAUAAAAUAGAAGAACCAAAAACUUUGAAAAGUUUAAAACGAAAAGCUGAACUAGAUAACUUUUAUAAAGCUAAAAAAUUUAAAAAUUUUUAA